AUGGGUUCAAAUAGUUCAAAUACUGAACUUCAAGAUUAUGGAAGACGUUUAUCAGAAGCCAGUAAUAUUAGCAAUAAUAAUAAUAAAGAUGGUAACAUUGAGCAAUUUAAAAUUAAAUCUAUUAUUUCACGAUUACCGCCACCACCAAUUCCUCUUUCACAAAUUAAUUCAACGAAUCUUGAUAAUAGAAUUCGAGAUGCCAUAAUAAAAAAACAAAAUCGAUUAAUUGAAUUAAUAAAAUCAGUUUGGCCUCAAUUAAGAGCUCCCAGUGUAAAAUUCACAUUAUCAAAUUUAUCAGUUCGAGCUUUAGAAAGAAGAAAAAUGAUUUCCCCUUUGAUGUUAGGAUCCGUAACUAUUCGUAACGGUCAACAAAUGGUUUUAUCCGCUACCGUCAAAACAACGAAAUAUGUUAAAAUUGAUAAUUUUCAUAAACCCAUGGUGGUUACUGAUUUAUGUGAUCCAAAAAUAUAUUUUCUUAAACAUUAUAAAUUUAUAAUAACUAAAAUUUUACCAAAAUUAUCAAAAGAAGUUACAAUAGUUCAACAACAACCUGGAUUAUUUUUAACUGUGAAAGAAGUGAAAAUGAGAAAAUUGGAAAUUUAUAAAAUUUUUGAAUGCAAAUUGUGUUCGAGUGGUAUGGGUGAUUUGAAAAUUUUUACUUAUGAUGGAAUCUUAAAGCAUUUACAAAGUCCUCGUCAUUUGAACCUUAAAUCUAUUAGUGAAGAAGAUCAGAUCAAAAUUAAUUUGAAAGAAUAUAUUUUGGCUUUUAGUGAAAAUCUUCCUCCAAAGAUUGAAGACAUUAAAUAA